CCAGUCUUCGUAGUUCUUUGCAUGGUGGCUCUUGUCCACGGGAGGGAUCCGACCUUUAAGCUCUGCACCCAUGGCGUUACCAGCAAGUCCAAGUGCGACGCUCUUGUGAACACAGCUGUAAUAAAUUCCGUAAGCCUCAAUCUGGCUUGUGUGGGUCUGGAGACUGUGACCGACUGCGUGGAUAGCGUGAAGCGUGGUCGCAGCAAUAUUGUGGUGCUGAGCGGUUCAGAGUAUAAGGGUGCUCGCGAAGAGGGCCUCGUGCCCGUGCUUUAUGCCCGAGAACGCCCAAAAAAUCGUUAUAUAGCCGUAGCUCCGGCAAAUAUCAGCCUAUCCGAAUUAAGUGAGGCUCAACUUGAUGUGGAUACCAACGAUGAUUUGGCCCUACUCUCUGCCAUCGCCUACAAUAAUGCACAGGGUCGGGAAAUUUGCUCAGAAUCGGUUUAUACAUCGGAUGCUCCCGUCAUACGCAUUUUGAAUUCUGCAAAAUAUGACUUUACAGCGGGUGCCGAGAGCGAUAUUUUGUUAUGUCUAAAUGGCGGAUCGAAAAAUGUCUCCCAAUAUCAAAGUUGCAACGUUGAUGCGGAUCUUCAACGUGCCGUCUUCACUUCAAAGAGACAGAAUAGGCCCGCAACUGCUGGUCAGCUCAAAACUCUAUUUACAAGCAUCGUGCGUAACUUUAAGGGACGCUCUGCUCGUGGUUUCGAUUUCUUUUCGACUUUCAAAAAAGUCGACGAUGUGAUCUUCAAGAACUCUACGGUUGCCUUUGACCUCACACCGACCUACAAUAAUCGCAUUGACGAGGAUCAGUUCAAUACGUUGCACUGCGAUCGUCCGGAAGACCCAAUCGAUCCCCUUGAUGUUGGUGAUAAUUUGAAGGAGGCACAAAUCCGGAUUGAACUUGAACAAAAAGGUUUAGUGGAGAUUCCUCAAUAAUCCAAUUGAGCAGCAAUGUCCUUUGGAGUUAAAUAGCGGCAUAAAUAAGUUUAAUGAUACUUAUUAAGUAACUUUUAUAUGCCGUCCCAAUUAUAAAUAAAUUUAAACAAAUUGCAUUGAAA